AUGCGCUUCCGAAGGACCCUGCGCCUGCUCGUGAUGGUCAUGUUCAUCAGGUCCUGGAUCGCCGACGGCCAGGACCGCCGCGUCCCCUCGAGAAAGCAGCACGAUGCCGGCGCCCAGGCGUCCAAAGACCUGAAGGAGCGCUAUGCCUACAACAAGUACGCCAACGAAACCGUGGUGCUCGGCAUCGUGGACAGACUCUUGUCCCGCUAUGAUAACCGUCUGAGACCAAACUUAGGAGGUGCCCCUGUGCCUGUGGGCAUAUCUCUGCAUAUCACUAGUAUUAAGGAUAUCUCGGAAGAGUCUUUGGAUUAUACCGUCUCCAUGUAUAUUCAUCUGACCUGGAAAGACUCACGUCUAGCAUAUCACGAAACGGACCUGAACCUGACGCUGAGUCACACGAUGCUUAAGAAACUGUGGUACCCUGACUGCCACAUCGUCAACAGCAGGGACAAUUUCAUGUACAUGGAACCUCUGGAGAAUCGCAUGAUUCGGCUUCAGCCAGAUGGAACUAUGCAGUAUGGCAUGAAACUCACCGCCACAGUACCUUGUGACAUAGAUCUGAAGAACUACCCUCUGGACAAGCAGACCUGCAAGCUGGGGGUGGAGAGCUAUUCCUACUCAAGCGAAGAUGUCACAUUCUACUGGAAUGGCAAUGAAAAAGCCGUCCAGAUUUCUGAGGAUCUGAUCAUCCCUCAGUUCACCUUCUUGGGAAGGAAACUGGAGCACAAAGAAUCCAGUUUCUACACAGGUUCCUACAUGAGCCUGGUACUGACUUUCUGGAUGCAGAGGAAGUUGUCUGGCUACAUUUUGCAUAUCUAUUGGCCUCUCAUCCUCCUCACUAUUACCUCUUGGAUCACAUUUUGGAUGAGCUGUAAAUGCUCCACCUCUAGGGUGACACUGGGCCUGUCUUCGACGCUCAUCCUGAACUCCCUCAGCACUUUCGUGCGAGAAAGCCUCCCCCAGAUGACCUGCAUCAAGGCCAUCGACGUCUACAUGGCGGUCUGCUUCUUCAUGGUGGUCCUGUCCGUGAUAGAAUAUGCCUUCAUCAACUACGUCUACUACAACCGAAGGAACAUCCGAGGCCAUAAUAGGCGACGCAGAAGAAUCCAGAGAAUCAUGGCCCGCUAUCGCUUUGAGGAAGUAUUUUUCCUAGUUUUCUUUUUAAAUUGA